AUGACUUUUAACACUCCCUCAAAAAAGCCCAUCCGUUUUGGGAAAUUCGAAGUCACAGAUCAGGCAAGCUUCAGAUGGAUCUUUCACAAAUCUACCCAUUGCUACUGUCUCGUAAACAUCAAGCCCAUUCUCCCAGGUCAUGUGCUCAUCAUCCCCUACACCCAGCAUCCACGCAUGACCGAUCUUUCACCUCUUGAACUCAAUGAUAUCUUUUCUACUACCCAAAAAGUACAAAAGAUGCUCGCAUCUCAUUAUUUUCCCGAUGGAAACCCCAAGGAAGGAUCUUUCAAUAUCGCUAUUCAAGACGGACCGGAAAGCGGGCAAACGGUACCACAUUUUCACUGUCAUGUUAUACCGAGAACAAAGGAAAGCAGAGUGAUUGGAGAUGGUGUCUAUGCCAAGCUGCAAGGGGAGGAAGGGAAUAUUGGUGGGGCACUAUGGGAUAAGGCUGUGGAGUUGGGGAAGAGACCGGUGCAAAUGGGGAAAUUCCCGAGGGUGGAUGAUGAAGAUAGAUUGCCAAGGAGUAUGGAGGAGAUGACCCAGGAGGCAGCUCUCUUUAGGGAACAAAUGGAAAAGUUAGGGUAUAGUGAGGUGGAGUUUAAUGAUAAAUGA